AUGGAAACAAUGAGGAUGAACUCUCCAAUGCUCCCGCCAGGUUUCAGAUUUCAUCCUACAGACCAGGAGCUCAUCAUCCAUUAUCUUAAGAACAAGCUUUCAUCUUCUCCAAAUCCUGUAGUUUCUAUCAUAGCCGAUGUUGAUGUCUACAAAUUCAAUCCAUGGGAACUUCCUGGUAAUGCCUGGUUCGGGGAUAGUGAGUGGUUUUUCUUCAGCCCAAGAGACCGGAAGUACCCGAACGGAGCACGGCCGAACAGAGCAGCUGCUUCCGGUUACUGGAAAGCCUCCGGAACUGAUAAGCCGAUCAUGUCGGCUACUGGGGUAAAGUGUCUUGGAGUGAAAAAGGCUCUUGCAUUUUACCAAGGCCGGCCACCAAAAGGCAUCAAAACCAGCUGGAUGAUGCUUGAGUACAGGCUUAUUGAUGAUACCUUUCAGUCUCCAAGGCUAAGGGGAUCAAUGCGCUUGGAUGAUUGGGUUUUAUGCCGAGUUCGCCAGAAAAGCAAGACUCCCCAACAUAUAAAAGAAGAUUAUAGAUGGAAUUGCAGCAUAUCUCCAUUCACAGUUUCUGGGUGCUUACAAGGUCAAGAUCAGAUCAUGAAUAAGAAAGGUCCUAUGGAAGGCUCUCCAUACGAUCAGUUACAAGCUUAUAAUCUUCUUCAGCGUCCCCAGGAAAUUGAACAAGCAGAUGGCAAACAAGGCCAAGUAACUCUCCAAACGGAGUCUCCAGAAUACCUUUCAGACUUUGAUUCCAACCCCCUUUCUGAAAUGGUUUCUUCCAACAGAGAGGUUCUUGAAUCCAUUAAAAAAGUACUCUCUAUCGGAGCUCUGGAUGAAUUAGUGCCACCGUUGCCACCGAAUUCAUCUUCUACCAUCAAGGAGAACAAGGACACCAAUUUUCAAGUAUCAUAUCCACUACGCUUCUCAGAGUUCAUAAUCUAAGCAAAUUCUGCCAUGGAAUAAUGCCCUUGUUUAUGUUUAUGUAUAAUAAAACAUCUCCAACCACUGUAUAAACA